CACAAAUCUCCCAUGUUUUCUCUCUGGUUUCCUAUCGUUUCAGACACUUUUUCUCAGAUAAUUUCUUCCUUAAUUCACGUCUCAGACUAUUUCUUCAAAAACCCAUUUCUCUUUCCAGAUAAAAUCCAUAACCCAAUUCCCAGAUUUUGCUCUACCGACCAUUUUGCGUGUCCAAAUAGAAAAAAAAAAGGAAAAUUUUUUUUUUCUCAGUGAUUUUGACGUUUUAAAUUUUUUUUAGCAUAUUUGUUUGACCAAACUUGUCAUCAUGUCGGCGCGUCCUUUUGUUGAUUGAUUUUGUUAUCAAGUUCCAAACUUUGAUGGUUUGGAAUGAAGUGGGAUAUGAGAGUUUCUGCAUGUGAAACAGCAUUUGAAUUAUGGGUACGCAUUAAAAUCCAGAAUCAUUGUUAUGAUACAGCAGAGAAUUAAUAAACAAGAUGCAUACUUUUAUCUUCUAAAAGGUGCUUGAGUUUUAGUGAGUGUUUGCUAAAACUAGCCAAAGAUUUGUCAAUAAAAAUGGAGUCCAAAGAACGGAUGCCAAGUGUUAUUGCAAGAUUGAUGGGCCUUGAUGAACUUCCACCUCAGCAGCCUGUUCAAAAACAACAAAGAGUGCUUUCUGAGUAUUAUUUACAGAGGGUUGCUUCUAUAGGUGUCCGGAAGAAGCGUUCAUACCAUGAGCGUGCUUCCUUUAGAAUAAGCAGUGAAGAGCAGAAGGAAUUAGGUUACAACUUUAGAGUAGUGGAAACAUUAAAUAGAUGUAAGCAACAUAACCAGUCGGUUGAAGACGGGAAAAUCAGCUCAAGUUCAUCAGAAGAAAAAAUGGCUUUCAUAAGGCAGAAUUUUUCAGAUGCAAAAUGCAUUUCAGUGGAUAAGUCGUCACAUAGUGUUCUUCCUCACUCGCAAUCAGAGCAUCAUACAGUCUCAAAGUCAUCACAUACUUCUUGCGGUAGCAAUAUUGACAAAUGUGGGAAAUUUGGGAGGACAACAGUACAAGGGAAUGUUAAAUUGCAGCAGAAACCUAAGAAUGGCCUUGUUAGAAAUUUGCAUGGAGAACUUGGUCUUGAUAAUAUAUGCAAGUAUUCUAGAUCACAAUUGGAGUCAAAUGGUGAAGCAUGCCAUCUGCCCACAGCAAUUGUUAUUUUGAAACCAAACCAUGGCAAUCCAGAGAAUUCACAAUGUUUUGCUUCACCUAGCUCAUAUGAAGGUUCUCUUUUGGGUGAUGAGGAGUUAAAAGAUUCUCCUUUUCUUGAAAAUGGGAAAUUAGACGUUGAAGUCAGAGAGAGGAAGAACUUGGCGAAUGACAUGGAACCUACAAGGCGACGACCUAGAGUUUCAAGAGAGAUUUCAGAAGAAGUUACUAGACAAACAAGGCAUGGCACAAUUGGGAUUUCAACAAAGGUAUCAAGGUCAGGAUUGAGAAUUGAUGGCACUGUUGCUAAAGAGUCUGAGUUGAAGAUGCCUUCAAAUUUCUCUCAUUGGAAGAACCAAUACAAGUCCUCAUUUUCCCCUUCGCGUGGGUCAUAUGUCACCAGGGAAGCAACUAGGAAAAUCUCCGAACGAUGGAAGAUGAAUAAGAAGUUUCAGAAAGAUGGACUGGCUGGGAGAGUAAGUACUCUGGGUGAAUUGCUUGCUAUGCCUGAUCAUGAAACUGGGGCAAGAAAUGUUGAUUACAAGCCUGUCAAGCAUGGGCUGAGCAAUCAAACUGGUGCAAAUGAUGGACAUGUGAACUCCGGUGGUCCUUUAGGCAUUAGCAGCAGGGAUGGUUUGAAGGAUGGGUCUAUCAGAAACUUACCAAAGUCUAGAUCUCUUUCUGCAUCUUCAUCUGCCAUGGAGAGUCCUAGAAUUAGGACUAGAUAUGAUGGUCUUCAAAGUGAAUGGAAUUUGAGCUUGGAAGGGUCUGUUUGUUGGGCACAGCACAAGUCAAGGAAGCAAAAUUUAAACCAGAAAAAUGGUCUAAAAUGUGGAAACUUAUUCAGCUAUGAGAAAUCCCAUUCUUUUUCCUGCUUGGAUUUGGAAAAUAAUCAUACUGUAGAUGAGGUGAAAAUCAAACUUCAGAAGGAUCUAUCUGAUAAGAAUUUUAUGGGUCCUCAGUCAUCAACUACCAGUUUUUCUUACUCUGAUUUGGAAAAUAAUCACAUUGUACAAGAUAAAUGGUUGGUGGAAGGUGAGCUAAAGAUCAAUGUUGACAAUAUCAAUAUGUGUGAACAGAAUGUUUCACUUCCUAAGCCAUCAGUUUGUAGUUUUGCCUCAGUAAGCAUGGUAACUGAUGUGGUGGCUGAUGCGAAGAUUAAGUUUGUGGGCAGGCCUACUGGAAAUUCUAAGGAAGAGCUGAUUGAGCCAACAACUUUCAUCCUAGAGACAAAUUCUGAUUCUUCUAGUCUUGCCUCAGAUACUUCAAUUCAACAGGAAACAUAUGCUGGAUUCCAUGAAGAAGGAUCUGUUUUCUCACGGUGUUCUGGCACAGAGCCAGAAUCCAUAUUAAGCUUGGGGGAGGCUAAUCAUCCUAGUCCAGUUUCAGUUCUGGAAGCACCUUAUAAAGAAGAGCUUUCAUCUGGUUCUGAAUGCUUAGGAAGUGUCAGCACUGACAUUAGUGAUAUCUCAGAAACUCUCUCAGAGGCAGCUAGAAUGAUUGUUUCAAGUGAUGAAGAUUCUGAUGAAGGAUCUGCAGAUGACCUUAAAGAAAAUGAAGAUUUGAUGAGCUUGUUUGGUGUUGAAGAAAGCAGGGAUUUCUCCUACCUUGUUGAUGUAUUAACUGAGGCAGGUUUUCAUGGUGAGCUUCUGUAUAUGGACUUUGGUGCCUGGCACUCUUCAGAAUGCCCAAUAAGCCUUUCAGUUUUUGAGACCCUAGAGAAAAGGUUUGGUGAGCAGUCUUCCUGGAAGAGGUCAGAAAGGAGGCUUCUCUUUGACCGAAUAAAUUCAGGGCUGUUGGAGAUUCUCCAGCCAUGCAUGGGCGUGCCCUCAUGGGCAAGGCCUGUGUCUAAAAUAUUUAAACCAAAGAUGAGCCAGGACAUGAUUGAGGAAGAGUUAUGGAUGUUGCUGGUCAGCCAAGAAAAGGAAGUGAGCAAGGAUUCAGCAAUGAAUAUGCUGGGAAAGGAACUAGGAUCUAUAGAUUUAGGAGAUGAUAUCGAUUUUUUAGGUAGAGAAAUAGAGAGAUUAUUGCUUGAGGAGCUUGUAACAGAGGUUUUUAGCACUGUCAUUUCUUGAGCAGUAGUGUUUUGUUUUUGGCGGAUAUCUAUAUUGAAAUAUGAGAACUUUUCAGAAAAAAAAAAAAAAAAAAAAUGUAUAUAGCAAUCAUUUUGAUCUGAGUGACAAAGUGUGAAGAGGAUUUAGGUAUAGAUUCAUUUUGUUCAUACAUGAGUGUAUUGAAAUUUUCAAGGUCUUGUAUUUCUGAUGGAUUUUCAAACCAUCAUGAUAUUGUUUUUGUUUAUUUAUUUAUUUAGGUAUUGAAGUUUCAAAAUGUCUCAUAAGUGCAGUAAUCUUA